GCAUCGUCUACCAGCUGAAGCGUGCUCUCGUCUGCAUGAGACGCGCAUCGUUCCUAGUCCAGAACCAGAUCAUGGAGGUCAUCGAGAAGGGCGGAUUCACGCGCAUCAAGGUGAUGGUGCAGGUCUACUACCACACGGAGAGGCUGCUGAUGGUGAUCGUGCACGGGGAUGACUUCUUGGCUGGAGGAAGGAGAGAAUCUCUGGGCUGGCCAGACGAGUUGGCAAGGGGACACUUCAAGGUCAAGGUGGCGCCGAGGGUAGGCAGCCCUCGGCAAGGAGGAGUCGAGUCAGGGAGCUUCCUCGAGUUGACGGCGACGUGGUGUUCCGAAGGGUUCGGUAUCCAGCACGACCGCAAGCGCGUGGAGACCCUGGUCAGCACCAUGGUGAACAGGAAGGACUGCAGGGAGUCAUCGGACGAGCUCAGCACGGAGUACGCGACCACCUACCGCAGCAUGGCGCCCAUUGCCCUGUGCGUGGCUCAUGACCGAGUCGGCAUCCAGCAAGCCGUGGGAUACCUGAUCGGGGACAUGGUUGCACCCACCUGGCACCGCUGGCUACUAUUGCAGCGGCUGGCGAGCUACCUGGAGCAGCACCCGCAGUUCGAGCUCUUCCUCGAGUGCCAGAGGAUGCCCAAGGUGAUUGUGGCGGAAGUCGACAGCGAGUGGGCGUCCGAGCUUGGUCGGAGGUCCGUGGGCGGGGGAUUCCUGUUCAUCGGCUCGCACCAGAUCGACGGCUGGAGCGGCCAGCCAGGCAAUCGCACGCUGAGCAUCGCGGAGGUGGAGUUCACAGGGAUCGUGAACGGCUCGGCGAGAGGCAUCUGGUUGAGGAGCGCGAUGCUGGAUAUGGGGUUCGAGAUGACCCUGCAGGUAAACGCCGACAGCUCCAGGGCCAAGGGCAUCGUAUCACGCUUGGGAAGCGGGCAAGCGCGCCACCUGGACACGAAGCACUUCUGGCAGCAGGAGAAAUCCAGGGACAAGACGAUCGCGAUGGCGAAGAUCCGCGCGGACACGAACGGGGCCGACAUGCAGACCGAGCCGCUAGAGGGGCCGGGAGUCCUGAAGUUGCUGGCGAUGCUUCCACUUCGCGCGCCGUCCUCAGGGCGCGCGCAGGUGUUCGGAGCGAUGUUGGCGGCGACAAUAAUUGGCGGAGUUCAAGGAAUGGAGAUGGCCCCUGCGAGCCAGGUCUUGACGACGGCCAUCACGGUGAUCUUCGGAUCGACGCUGGCGGUCGCGUUCCUGUCCGCGUGGAUUGGCCACCGCGUGCACAAGGCCACAAUGUGGUUGCUGAAGGGGCUCUGGGAGCUGGUGAGGGACGACGACGGCCAGGUCGCCCAGGUGGAGGCCCCACUUGGAGAGGGGCAUCUAGCGACCGUGGAGAGCGGCAUCAGCAGACACACGCAGACGACUCCGAUCAAGCACUACUGGGCGUGGAGUGCGACGGAGCUGCGCGAGGAGCGCCUGCGCUUGGGCAUCUAUCGAGGACAGAUCAAGUUGCAGAUGAUCGAGGGCCUGCUUAACGGAGCAG